CACUGUAUGGCGCGGCCAGCGCCUGGAGGAUUGCGGAGUGGUAAAAGUCUGAUAAAAAGUGGUGGUAAUCUCCGGCCGGAGCACGGUUUUAGCUGUUCAUAGACCGCGUAGCGAUGUUCAAUUCAUUCAUCGUUUCGUCUCACUGCUCGUUGCUCUGACGGACGUGAACACGAGUUCGAGGCACGGAGUCGGGCGUCGCCUCGUCGCGAAGUGCGAAUAUAUAAUCAACGUUUUACCAUUCCGCGUCCAUAACUGGAAAAGUGUCUCAUCGGCAGUACGCCUCUCAUGUCCGCCGUCUGUGAUAUAAUACUUUAUGUAUCCUGUUGAAAGUUUAUAGGUUAAUACGUUACCGGUGAUAUCAGUGCAGCGUUACACUAAAUUUAGACGAUAGACUGUGCUUGUUUUCUGUGAUUAUUUCGAUUUCGGGACUGAACGAUGGAGUCGAUGAGUUAUAACCUCGACGUAGCGCCGAUUAACUAUUCGUACAUUUUCGAAUUUGAGAGCGAGUUUAUUCAUCAAAACUCUAGGAAAUGGAUGAAGGAGAAUUGGACUGUUGCGUUCUACUAUGUGGGAGUGUACAUGGCAUUCAUUUUCGGAGGACAAUACUACAUGCAGAACCGACCCAGGUUCGAGUUGCGGCGAACACUGAUCGUGUGGAACAGCGCGCUGGCCGCCUUCAGCAUAAUGGGCGCGUGUCGCACGCUGCCCGAGUUCCUGCACGUGCUGCUCAACUACGGCAUCUACCACUCCAUCUGUGUGCCUAGUUUCAUCGAGCACGACAAAGUGUCGGGCUUCUGGACGUGGAUGUUCGUGCUGUCCAAGCUGCCCGAGCUGGGCGACACGGUGUUCAUCGUGCUGCGCAAGAAGCCGCUCAUCUUCCUGCACUGGUACCACCACAUCACGGUGCUGCUGUACACGUGGUUCUCCUUCACCGAGUUCACGUCCUCGGCGCGCUGGUUCGUCGUCAUGAACUACUGUGUGCACAGUGUGAUGUACACGUACUACGCGUUAGUGAGCAUGGGCAAGUAUCCGCCGAAAAUGUUCGCCAUGACCAUCACGGUGCUCCAGCUGACGCAAAUGAUCGUGGGCUUCUUCGUCAACAUAUGGGCGCACAACUUCAUGACCACGGCCCCGCGGCACUCCUGCGGCAUCAGUGAGAUCAACAUCAAGUUGUCUAUGGCCAUGUAUUUCUCCUACUUCAUACUGUUCGCGCAGUUCUUCUACAAAGCGUACCUCUCGCCUAAGCCGGGCAAGAAGGAGAGGAAAGACAAACCGGAACCGCCGGUCGUUGGACAGACGAAGAGUUUAGAUUAUAUAGUCAACGGUAACUUGAGACAGAGGAACGGUGUUGUGCACUAGUCGGUACAUUGUGAUAUCAUUAGAAUUUGUACAGAUUAAGCGUUUGCCGAACGAACACUUGUCCGAUUUUUUUUAAACGUCCGAAAAACGUUACUCUCCUGUUAGUGGGCGAGAAUCUGUGAUGACCAGACACUAAGCUUGGUGGCAACCCUUCGCUGUAAGCCAACCUUAAAAGUAUAAUUU